AUGCGCUCCUUCGCUACCAUCAUGGCUGCUGCCGCUCUGGCUCAAACCGCAAUGGCCCACUACCGCUUCAACCAGUUCAUCGUUGGAGACGUGGUUACCAAGGAGUACGAGUAUGUUCGCCAGAACAGCAACAUGAAUUCGCCCGUUACCGAUGUCACCUCGAAGGAUCUCAUCUGUAACGCUGGUGGUCUCGACACCGGUGCCCAGACCAAGACCUACAAGGUUGCCGCUGGUGACACUGUUGGUUUCGCCGUCGACACUCCCAUCCAACACCCUGGCCCCCUCAACGUUUACAUGUCCAAGGCCGAUGGCGAUGCCUCCAAAUACGACGGAUCUGGUGACUGGUUCAAGAUCUACACCAUGGGUGCCAACACUUUCAAGGAGGGUGACAACGGUCUUACUUUCAAGGCCGACCACCUCAGCAAGGUCACCUUCGACCUACCCAAGGACACCCCCGCUGGCCAGUACCUCCUCCGCAUCGAGCACAUCGGUCUCCACAGCGCCUCGUCCUUCGGUGGUGCCCAAUUCUACAUCUCUUGCGCUCAAAUUGAGGUUUCCGGCAGCUCUACCGCCAAGCCUACCCCUACCGUCAAGAUCCCCGGUGUCUACACUGGCCACGAAGACAGCCUUGAGCUGAGCAUCUACUACCCCAUCCCCGUCAACUACCAGCCCCCUGGCCCUGCCGUCUGGCCCAGCGGUUCCGGCUCCGCACCCGCCUCUUCUGCUGCCGGAACUUCUGCCGCUGCCACCUCUGCUGCCCCCAAGACUAGCUCAAGCGCCUCGGCCAAGGUCCCCGUCACCUCUGCUUCGUCUGCCAACCCUACCACCAUGGUCACUUCCGUCAAGUCCACCAGCGCUGCUCCCACAGCUACUGGCUCCAGCGGCACUGUCAAGAAGUACCAGCAGUGUGGCGGCAAGGGCUACACUGGAGCCACAGUCUGCGAGUCUGGCUCGACUUGCAAGGCCCAGAACGACUACUACUCUCAGUGCAUCUAA